AUGACGGUCGGAACGACAAAAGCGGCGAGGAGAGAGGAGCGAGGAGCUUCCCCCAGCAAUUUAGGCUGGGACGAAGGCCUGGCGGCGGACUUUGUUACCGCGCUCGCUGGCUGGCUCCCUGGCGGGCUGGCUCGGUUGGGCUCGACGUUGAGGCCGCAUGCCUCUCAACCAACGCAGGCACGCCAGCCCAUCUGCACACUGCAUCGCGUUGCGUCCACACACUCGAACCGCCUUGCAUCUCGCGACAACCGUUUCGCCACGCCCAAUGCCGACUUUGCGAGCCGCUCUUUUUGGCGUUGGACCGAGUGCCGAUUCGCAGCGCUUCGUCUCUCGUCCGCCUUCCGAUGCUCGUGUCUCUGCCCUACUUUGGCCCUCCUCGGGAUCGGCGGCUUGAUCUCGGUAAAAUUGCGUAGAGUUGUGGUGCAUGCGCCCUCCACUGCCCUAGAUACCGUACAUCUCUACCGCACGGCCCGGGCGUGCAAGGCGCAUCAAUGGAAGCCGCUCCAGCCCGAGCUCGCUUGGCAGUAUCGUAAGGUACCCACGAUCUGCACCCUUCAUGCUCUCUUUGCCAAGUGUGGCUUGGGCCCAAUCGCCAUCCGCCAGAGUCCAGUUCGUCGUCGUCGCCCUCCUCCUCCUCCUCCUCCAUCCUUCUUCCGCAUCUCUCUCAUCCCCGACCGGCUCUUCCAAGUCCCCGACGCAUCAAUCGAGGCUUGCCCUAACUCACCGCCCCUCCCGCCAAUCCGCAAGCGCCCCUCGCCCAGCCUUGUGCUGCCUGCACUGGCUGCCGAAUCCGAGCUGCUGGGUCGUGCCUCUUAA